AUGAGCUCCACGAAGAAAUUACCGACUCCUUUAUUAAAAAUAAACGAGCGUGCUGAUAUUAUUUUGGACCAAUUGAACAAAGAAGAAGCGCUUCAGGCUUAUGACCGAAUGCCAAAAUUUAACAAGGAAAGCGCUUGCCGAAAUAGGUACAGCAACAUUUUUCCGUACAAGGAUAACUACGUUCGUCUAAGUCCUGAAUGGGGAUACACUUGCGAUUACAUGAAUGCUUCUCAUAUUAUUCUUCCUUGUAGACAAUCAUUUAUUGCAACACAGGGCCCUACGUCAAACACGAUUCCUCACUUUUGGAAGAUGAUAUGGCAAUCUGUUCAUGAUCAUGGAAUCAUUGUCAUGCUUACGAGAUUGCAAGAAGGCCUUCGUGCUAAAUGUGACUUAUAUUGGCCCUCAGACCCCGAGGAUCCCUUACAAAUAGACGAUCUAAAAGUACAUUGCAGUCAAAAGUACGAGGUGGAAUCCGUCGACGAUUGUACAGUGCUAGAGUUUGUUUUAGAGAAAGGCCAAGAGAAAAAAACGAUCUACCAUUUCUACUAUACUGAAUGGUCUGACUUCAAAACUCCUAAAGCGGCUUCCAUUAUUAACCUAUUACUUUUUGUUAAGUCAUUAGCUCAUAAAGUUAAGUUUCACAAAUCUCCGAUCAUUGUCCAUUGCUCAGCUGGUUGUGGUAGAACAGGAACAUUUAUGGCACUUUUCGAAAUUGUAAUCAGAAAUGAAUUCCGAUAUGCGAGAGAUCAUUUAUUGGAUUCAAUCCCUGAAAUCGUUUACUGCCUUCGCAUGCAAAGAAUGCAAUCCGUACAAUCUGUUGAACAACUCAUUUUCCUGUACAUCAUGUGCUAUGAACUCCUUCAAAUGCCUUUCCCCAAGGUCCCAGAAUUGGUAGCCGCAUAUCCACCCUUUUGCCAUAAAACAAGCGAUUGA